AUACUAUACAAUAAAUAUUUGAGCACUAAUUAAUGAGUCGCCCGUUACCAUCAUGCACUAAUUAAUACGGUUGCCCUCUAUUUACCACUCUCUAUUCUAGCAACCUCUAUUUACCACUCUCUAUUCUAUUCUAUUGUGGGCACAACUUAAAUGGAGAAAUAAAUAAGUCCACAAAAAAAGUGUGUACGUGUCCACAUCAGAUGCAAACCCACGCAUCAAAUCAACUAUGUUCGUGUGCGUUAAAGAAAAUGUUCAUAAUGAAAAAUAUUGGUUGAAAGUUAUUAUUGGUUUUUGUCAAUUAGUAGGUUAUUAAAUAGUAAAGAUUUAGGGCUUGUUUGAAUUGCUUGUUUCCUUCGGAAAAUAUUGUCGUUUUUCGUGAUCACAUUUCCCUAUCACCUUUUUCCUUCACAUAUAUCAAAUCGCUACAGUAAUUUUUCCAUGAAAAAUGACGGAAAAUGCAAUCCAAACACAACCUUAGAUGUGAAAUGAUUUUAGUAGCAGCAGUUACAGGAAGAACAUUUGUAUAAGAGUCGAGUGAAAAUUUUAUAGAUAGAUACAAAUGUUAAAGUGUUACAUUUGAAAUAAUAAAUAAUGAUAAGUGUGUUUAAAUAUUAGAUUAUUUGGACAAAAAAAAAAGUAUUGUAACAUUUUUUUAAGAAAAAUAUAAUAAUAUCUAUGAAAUGAAAAAAAAUGUAUUAAUAAUACUAACAAAUCCUUACACGUCGCCAAACUCUUGCUCACGCUUUAUGUGCGGUCUCCCUCCUUGGUUCGUAGAUGAGGGUUCAAAUCUCACCUGCAGCGAAAAAAAAUCUAAAAAUUGUGUCCUAGCACUCUCUUAAUUUAAUUCGAUCUGUAUAUCCCAUAAUCCUUAUCACAUCCUUCUUAGACUCCCCCUCUCCUUAGAUUAGAUUAAGAUUGAGUAAGUUAUACAAACGUACCAUUGCUGACCAAAAAAAAAAAAAAUUUCACACACCAAGACACCAACAAAUCCACGCUCCAACAUCUUAUUGGACUCAACCGCCGGAGCACAAAAACAAGAAGACAAGGUUCAAAACCGACGUUAUCCCAACGUCCUCACUAUACCCAGGCAUCCUGCUGUCUUCUGCCUGCAACCUGCAAACGCCUUCUAAGUUCUGACUCUCAGAUAUAAUAAAUUCACUCAUUGAACUAUUAAUUUAGGCACAAGGAGGCGGUGCAAGUGGUGGUGGUAGCCAAAAUGGGUCGACUGAGGAGUUCGCCGGUGAACAAGCUGUUUGCAUGGGUGAGGAGACAGUCGAUGAAGGUCAAGAUUUUCUUGGCUGUAACUUCGGUGAUAUGUCCACUGGUGGCGCUGAAAUUGCUGAUCAAAGAUCACAACCACUUUUUCAUAGCUUCUGAGGCUGUUCAUUUCUUGGGCAUCAUGGUCUUGAUUUAUAAGCUCACCACCCAAAAGACUUGCUCUGGCGUUUCCUUGAAGUCUCAGGAGCUCACGGCUAUAUUUUUGGCCGUAAGAUUAUGCUGUAGCUUCUUCAUGGAGGGAGAUAUCCAUACUGUACUUGAUUUUGCCACCCUUGUAUCAACUUUAUGGGUUAUUUACAUGAUAAGAUUUAAACUGAAAUCCACCUACAUAGCAGAGCUGGACAAUAUGCCCAUCUAUUAUCUGGUGGUGCCAUGCGCAAUUCUAGCUGUAAUUAGCCGUCCGUAUACCUAUCACGCACUCAUCUACAGAAUACUUUGGGCCUUUUGUGCUUAUUUGGAAUCCGUGGCAGUGUUGCCCCAACUUCGGAUGAUGCAGAAUGCCAAGAUGAUCGAACCAUUUACGGCCCAUUAUGUAUUUGCUCUGGGUGUUGCAAGAUUCUUGAGCUGCGCUAACUGGAUCAUCCAGGUUUAUGAUACUUCUGGAAAGUAUCUGUUUGUGCUUGGAGGAGGGUAUUUGUGGGUUGCAAUGGUUCUUCUAUCUGAAAUUGUCCAGACGUUCAUCUUGGCUGACUUCUGUUAUUAUUACGUCAAGAGCGUGAUCAUGAAUGGCCAGCUUCUAGUCACCAUGCCUCUGCCUGUGUAAUAAUACUACCACACUGAUAUAUAUAUAUAUAUAUCUUUUUUUUUUUUUGGGGUGAUCAUGGUAGGCUUGGACAGAACAUUUUACCAUGCUUUUUAUUUGGUUAAUUGACUUUUUUU